GUCUACCUACUGGUAGUUAGGUUUUGAACUCUCUUAAGCAAUAUAACAAACAACCACCACGCGAUUGCUUCAUUUUAAGAUCUCUCUAGCAAAAAAUUUUUGAUCUUUUUGGUUUUGAGUUGAAAACCUGAGUUGGGUUGGGUCUCGUUUUCACUUUUUAGCUGAAAUUUUCAAUCUUUUGGUUCUGAAUUGAAAGUCUGAGAUGGGUUUGGUCUGGUUUAACUUUUAGCAAAAUAUUUUGUAACUUUUUUGUGGUUUCAAUUGAUGGGUUUUUUCUGUCACACGUGGGAUUCUUGGAAUGAUUGACAGUUCGAUACAGAAGUGUUCUCAAAUAUUCUUCCUUGUUUUCAUAAUUUGUUGAAUAAUUUAUUGCAGUUGUUGUCACCCAAUUGUUUUUCUGCAAUAUUUUAUUGGUGGAAUUCGGAAUUAUAUAUUACUUUUUGUUGGGUUGGUGUCGAUGUUCCAAUGAUACGGAGGUUGGUUACGUUUGGGAUUAUAUCUCUUGGGAUUGGUUUUUGUCUCCGUGUUUUUCAGCUUCUUUCUGCUCCCCGCUAGAGACGCAGCUUAUCCUGGAGCUUUCAGGGUUGAUUAGCUGAUUAGUGUUUUGUUGGGAGGUACCCAUUGCUGUGCAAACAUUUGAGUUGACGUGAGAAUUAUAAAUGAUUCAUCAUCCGUUUCUUGUUGCUCAACUUAAGGAAGCAAAUUAUGGCUAGUUUUCUUCUUGGUAGCUUAAGCCAUCAAAAAGAGAAUUUGCCAACUUCAUAUCUGGUGGACCAGAAAGCUAUCUCUUGUGUUGGAUCAACUUGCAAUCCUGAUAGCUCAAUGAUAUAUCUAAAUCAACCUUCUGCUGGGGAGUUCUCAGAGAUCUUGUCUGGUAGUUCUUUAUCUCUUCAGAACUGUGUUCAAAUCCCAUCUGUUGGAGGUAGAAGUGAAAUGUCCUUCAUUCCACCUACCAGUGACACAGUGAAUCUGCAUUCUGUCGGUGGGCGGUUGAAUAUUGCAACAAGUAGUCAAAUUCGCAACCCUCUUAUUGUGAAUCCCCAGGUAAUACCAAGGACACGGCAAAGUAUUUUGGAUGGUGAGCAGAGUUUUCAGUCUCAAGGAUUGUCUUUAAGCCUUGGCACUCAAAUACAAUCUGCAGUUCCUCUACCUUCGUUUCAGUACCAGUGUCAGGGUUAUUCUUCCCUCUUCAGUAAUUAUCUUCCAUUUUCUGGAAAAGGAGAUCAUGGCGAUGAGAGCAAAGGGGGUAUUGAGUUGAGAAUCUCUGAUGGUAGUUUUGCCGGGGGAAGCAGCAAUGCUUUUGAUGCAGAACCUUUUACCAAUUCUCAGGGCUCAGUAAGUCAGAAGGGGAUUCAUUCCAGCAUAUAUCAGUAUGAACAAGGCUUUUCAAAUACAAUUUUAAACUCUAAAUACCUCAAGGCAGCUCAAGAAUUACUUGAUGAAGUGGUUAAUGUCCGAAAGGCUUUGAAACAGCCCGAUUCUAAUAAAGAUCAAAGUUCUCAACCCAAAUCUGCUGGGGGGAUGGCAGCAGAACCUAGUGACUCAAUUACCAACUCUUCAUCCGAGCUAUCGCCUGCAGAACGACAGGAAUUGCAGACCAAGAAAACAAAACUAUUGUCUAUGCUGGAUGAGGUUGAUAGAAGAUACAAGCAAUAUCACCAUCAGAUGAAAAUUGUGGUGUCAUCUUUUGACUUGGUAGCAGGGCAUGGAGCAGCUAAACCAUACACAGCACUUGCCCUCCAAACAAUAUCCCAGCAUUUCCGCUGUUUACGUGAUGCAAUAAAUAACCAACUUCAGGUGGCUCAGCGAACCCUGGGUGAGCAAGAAACUUCAUCAAACAGCCAAGGAGGAAUAAUACCUAGACUCCGCUAUGUGGACCAUCAGCUCAGACAACAGAGGGCUCUUCAGCAAUUAGGUGUGAUGCGACAUGCUUGGAGGCCUCAAAGAGGGCUUCCUGAGAGCUCAGUUUCAAUACUCCGUGCUUGGCUUUUUGAGCAUUUUCUUCACCCCUACCCGAAGGAUUCAGAGAAAAUCAUGCUAGCAAAGCAGACGGGUCUGACAAGAAACCAGGUUGCAAACUGGUUCAUAAAUGCAAGAGUACGUCUUUGGAAGCCCAUGAUUGAGGACAUGCACAAAGAAGAGUUUGGUGAGAUGGAGGCAAACUUGAAAUCUUCUCCAGAAAAUGCUGCCAAAGCACCCAGAGAGAAUUCCUCAGCAUCUGAGGAUGGGGGAGAAGAUUUGCAGGAGAAUAUGACUUCCAAAGUUGUUGAUACUGAUGGUGUUCAAUCAGGACAAAUACAACGAUUCAAUACAGAUAGCUUUCUGGAUGGAGAACUAAACAGGCCCAUAGAAAGAUCAGUGUACCAAAAUAAUGUUCGUGGACUUCCUGGCUUGAAUACAGGAGUAAUGAAAUUUUCAGUUGAUCAAAGGCCUAAUCCUAAUGGCAGUAACCUUUAUGGGGGCACUAUUAUACCAUCCAGCCAGAGUGGUAGCGUUAGCCUUAUGGCUGGCGAUGCCAUGUAUGAUUUGCCAGAGUUGAAUGAUUUUGGGGUCAGCAGCCAGGUAUCACUUGCACUGGGGUUACGGCAUCAUGAAGAUAACAACAGAGUGGCUCCUUCCAUGGGGCCUGAGACGGUGGAUUUCCAUUGCAUGGAUCCUGGAAAUCAACAUGACAGGUUUGCCAAUCCCCACGUUUUACAUGAUUUUGUAGUGUAAAGUAAUGUCUACCAUUAUGGAUCAGAAAAAAUCUUUAUUGUUUGUUAGGCAAAGGAUUGCAUAAAGUGAUGACAAGCCCGAAAAGAAACAACAUCCUCCAAGAUGUUAGUUCAUUGUCACUGUUCUAUUUGCCUAUGUUGUUUCAAGAAGGCUGAUGCAAUACACUAUGGAAAUAGAAUAUAGCCACAUAGGUAGGGAUUUAUAUGUUUCCCAUUUGUAACGUACAAAUGAAUAAUAGGUCAUAUUUGUAAAGGCAUAUUAUAAAACUGUAGCUUAUGUGUUCUGCUGAAUAAGAAACCUUGUACAAAUCUCGAGUGUGACAUUGAUGUAUAUUGUUUUGAAAAUAAUAUGAGAAUGCAUGA